AUUGCAGUCAUUCUACUUAGCAGGGUGUUUGGUUUGUAUUAUCCUUCAAGGUCUCCGUGCAGCACCAGUGAGGCUGCGAUUUGUAUGUGCUGCGGAUGUUUGGCUUUCUCCUGCAAUGUGGAAUAGUAGGAAGCAUCCUUUUUGGAUAAUUACAUUUUUCCUCUGCUUUGGUUUCAUCCUCAUGGAAGCGCCUGCUGAAUCCCGCCAUGAGGAGACCAACCAGACUUACAACCACAGAGGGCUCUUGCAAACUCUUCAUACUUUCCUCCCUGGAAAUGAGACCGAGCUCCGCAGGAACAGCUCAAAGGAGAUUUUAACUCUGUUGCUGGAAAUGGUUGAAUGUCCUGGAAACUUAAAUGGCAAGCAGCAAACAUGUGCUCGGUGUCUUCAAGCUGAUACCCUUCUGUCAAUGGCCGGAAAAGAGCUUGGGAAUAAAUUAGAUGAUGAUACAUUGCAGAAAGUAUCAGUCAUUCUGUUGUAUUAUAUAUUGAAUAAAAAAGACUUUUGCUCUUCACAAACUGGUAUUCUCAACAUGGACUACCUAUUCUACCGCAACAGUAUACUCAACCUACACAAGGACGAAGACUGUCAUUAUCUGUCAGCUAAUGAGUUAGAGGAUCUCUUACUAAAGGCAAAGCAUCAUUUUCAAAUAUCUGAUGGGCCAAGGUGUACAGAUUUGCAUUCUCUGGAGAGAAUGUUUGGCGUGUUGCACAAUAUUGAUGAACUGACGCUUCCUAGACUCGCAGAAGUGAUUCUCACAUCAUCCAUUCAGCAUACUUGUUUCAGAAGAGAGAUAUUGCCCAAUGCAAACUACUUUACCAAUUCCAUUUUCAAAUCCUUAAACAGAACUAGUGAGCUGUUUGCUAGAGAUAUAGAUGAACUUAUUGGAAGACUUAAAUUAGUAAUGACCUGCACCAAGACAGACCACAACCAUAGGAGGAAGGUGAGAAGUCUUGUAAUCCCGGGAACGAACCAUGAGCAGUUACCUGUUCCUGCAAUGGAAACUGAUGAAGAACCAAAGGACGGGCAUAAUUAUGUCCCUGAGCCCCAGGGUCACUCGGCAGGAUGGAAUCAGGGCCAGCCUUGUUUUACUGCAUACGAGCUUGUGAAGAUAUUUCUGCGUAACAGCCGCUCUCCAGUUUCUCAGGAGCACUUCAAGCAAAUCAGCCCGGCUAUUAUUCAUCAUCUUCUGUCUUGCACGUGUCCAGAAGAGGACUACACAAGUACUCAACUCCCCCCUCCCACCACUCUUGAAAGAUAUGGGUACAGCACAAUAGCCGUGCUGCUUCUGACACUGGGAUCCAUGCUUGGUGCUACUCUUAUCAUCUUCAGUUCUUGUGAGGAGAGCUACAAACUCAUCUUACAGCUGUUUGUGGGACUGGCUGUCGGGACUCUCUCUGGUGAUGCCUUGCUGCACCUUAUUCCUCAGGUUCUAGGUAUCCAUGAAAAUAUUUCCCAUGACCAUCAUGGACAAGAUGGAGAACUGUACUUAGAAGAAAAACAAUAUUUAUGGAAGAUAAUGGGGAUGAUUGGCGGCAUUCAUGGGUUUUUCCUCAUCAACAAGCUUUGCUUUCUUCUUGUUUCGUCCACAAGACAGGGUCUGUCCUUAGUGAACGGGCACCUGACGCAUUCCCAUGACCUGGCAUUAGACUCCCAUUUGAAUGAUCAGUCAAGAAAAGCUAAAUCCACUUCUACUAUUCAGCUGAGAAGUCCUGAAGACUGUGAGCCGUCAGAGGCCGCUAUACCGGAUAUUACUCCAGUCAGUCGGAGAGUAAGGAAAAAACAUAAAGGAGUUACCUUGUUAGCCAUAAUGAUCUUAGUGGGAGACAGCCUGCAUAACUUUGCUGAUGGGAUGGUAAUUGGCUCUGCGUUCUCAUCUUCAACUGAAACCGGCGUAGCAACCACUAUAGCCAUUCUAUGUCAUGAGAUCCCCCAUGAAAUGGGUGAUUUUGCAGUGCUUUUGAACACGGGGCUUUCAGCAAAAAUUGCUUUUCUGAUGAACUUUAUAAGUGCUUUAACAGCCUUUGUCGGUCUCUACAUUGGCCUUUCGGUGUCCAGCAACCCUGAUGUACAGAUCUGGAUAUUUGCUGUCACGGCAGGAAUGUUCCUAUAUCUGUCACUAGUAGAAAUGCUUCCUGAAAUGACUCAUAUUCAGACACAGAGACCCUGGCUGAUGUUCUUCCUGCAAAACCUAGGACUGCUUCUUGGAUGGCUAUGCCUGUUGCUAUUAGCAAUUUAUGAACAUAAAAUUAAACUAUAGCAUGUACAGUA